CCCUGGUUGACCCUGAUCGCCACUCGCCGCUCGUCGCCUCGGACGCUCGCAUCAUGGGUGCUCUGUGCUGCUCGCUCUCCAAUCCACGCAACUUGGACUAUGCCGAUCUCGACGACGACGGCGAUCUCGAGUUCGAGUCUCUUCUCGACGAGCCCUCGUCGUUCCGCUCUGCAGCCAGCGGGGGCCACGGCAGCGGAUCGGUCUGGGACCAAAUUGCAACGCUCUUCCGGUCCAGAAAGGCUCGCCACGCCCGAGGUGCCGGUCCUGCUGGCUAUCGGCCGGUGCCGCUGGAGGCCGACCAUGACUACGAGGAUGGUGAUUACGAUCACGACGAUGUCGACGAAUUCCUGCGGGACCAUGACCAGGACGCCGAGCUGCUGACCAGAGAGGACAUCAGCCGAAUGACCUCGUCGCAACCUGCGCCAUCGGCAGCGACAGAGGUCCUCAUCGACAUGAACCCGCCGUCGGCCGACAGCGAAGCGGCUCCAGAGCAGCUGCCGGAAGCACCCAUCACACCAUCCCCACCCAAGUUCCCGACGUUCCGCCCCGGCCGACGAGCUUUCGGCCAGUUCCACGACCUGACGCCGGCCGGGCCUUCGACCGGAUACCGGUUUGUCGCAUCGGUCCCGCCUCCGGCUGAAGAAAACGUCUGGGGCGAUGGCCGCAGCAACGCCGACGGCUUUGGCGCCUGGCAUACCUCUCCUCUUCCUGCUGCCACCUCGACAACGACGGCAACAACAACAACAACGACGACGACGACGACAACGACGACCACCAGAUCGGACCGGCCUCCCUCAACAACACGAGUAUCUGUGGCGGCCGCUGUCGAGCCACAGCCAAAGCUACCGACACGGACCGACGCAGAGCCAGCCGUUGGACCGACAGUAUUCGAUCCGCUGGCCGAGGGAUUCGAUCCCCUCUCGCUCUCAAAGCACUCGGAUGUCUCGGAAUAGCCACAGCCGCCCAGGAGGACGGGCAAAGAAGUCGCGGACUGUACUUCCCACAGACCGAUUUGUGGAAUCCUGGAGAAGCGUAGGCUGAAGAGCUGCCGGGGCUGGCACGAUUCCCUGAUUGUCGAGUUGUAAAUCAUCUUGUACUUUGAAACCUGUGCAUUCUUCUACUGCUGUUGUUUCUCUUUUGUUUUUGGACUUGAUCAUCCACCGCCUUUCUUGGACAGUAUCUGGAUGGGAUUGCUGCCGAUGUGAUGUUGGAUCUCAGACCCGAGCCUCAAGCCGGCCACCCGCAUCCCUUAUCGCACACUACUCUCAACAAACGGCCGUUUGUUGAG